UUAGAGAGAGGAGAGGAAAGAAAGCAGCACUAUGUCAACACCUCUGAAGAAAAAUCACAUUUACUGUUGGACUGUAAUCAUUUCUGAAUUCACAUCGGCCGAGGGAGACUUUUCGGUUUGUGGUUUGGAGGUUUGAGGUUUUUAUUGUGAAGGAAUGAGAAGAAGUUGGACAGAGCUCCUAAAGGUUUUAACUGCGUUCAUUCCAGGGUCACACCAAGGUUUUUUUUUUCUUCUUUUUUUUUUUACUGUGAAAUGUUGGAACUGUUUGUUGUGAGAAAUGGACAUUUUCAAAUGUGGACAUGAGGAUCUGGAGAUCUGUCACUUAUAAACGACUGAGCACAUUUUGGACUUUGUGUUAGGGUAUUCUUUUUAAUUAUUAUUCUUUAUCAACCUUUUCUGAUAAUACAAAUUUGCAUGGUUGUUUUGAAACAGAAGGUGCUAUUUGUGAAGAUCUAACAUUUUAAGACUUUUAUUGUGAAAUGCUCAAGGCUCCUUUUGUGAAUAACUGGAAAAUAUGUGCGUCCGAUGACAUUCAUUUUUCUCUUCGACUAAAAGAGACAAAAGAUAUUUUUAAUGAUUAUUUUGAAAUGCAGAAUCAAACUCUUUUACAAUGGAAGGCUAACUAAAUUUGGAGGAAUUUUAAAGGACCUUUUCUGGAAUUAUUGAUCCUCUUUGAACAUUUAUUGUGAAGGACCUGGAUAAUACAAAUCUCUUUAUGAGUUUGAAUGACAAGGGGUUGAAAACUGUUUCAGGCUUUUACUAUGAAAAGAUGAUAAUACUAUUGAAGUUUAGUUGUGGUGAGUCACCUGUAAUCAGCCCAUCAAACUCCUAAUCACAGCUCGAGAAACAAUGAUUUCAUAUGUGGAAUGCCUGGGUGGUGAGGGGGAGGGGCCCGGUGUGACGUCGCAUUGUUGGAAUUCUGGUCCUGAUGAAGAGCGAGAUGAGCUUCUUCCACGCAAGAUGAUUGCCUUGCAACCAAAAACAGAGGGCAGCCUGCGCCGGCGCCUGCUCAGAGCUAAAAUCUACCAGCACCAUGACGCUAUCUAUGGGUUAAAUGCAGGUGGCGUGGGACAGCUUGCAUCAGCCUCAAGUGAAAAAAAGCCCCUCCCAGCUCACCUGCAGUAUCAAGGAAACAGCCCCUGGUCCCGCCCCCAGCAACUCCCACCACGCUCCCAUGUCAACCCUUCUUUCACCCCAGAGGUUCGUGGGAAACUGUUCCUUACUCCAGAAGCCUGCGGUAAACCCCAUCCACAGUCUCCGCCGCUUCAGCUGCAGCGCCCUAACUGCCCAGUGCUCACCCAGCGACGCAGAACUAGCUCCUGCCCCCCAACCCCAGAGCCCCGUCCUGGUUACACCAUGCCUGUCCCCUUUCAUCUUAGAACUACACCCCCAUUCAAGGAGCCAGAGCCGCCACCACAAUAUCGCUACAGGCCCAGCAGGAAUUGCAAGACAAGCUUCUUGUGCUUUAGACGUUGCAAAGGGAGAAUGUCUGGGAAGGAAGCAACCCAAACUACACCCCUUCUACACAGAGGGGAUGGGGACAGUAAGUGGUCUGUUCACUACACUACCCAGAAGCCUCAGCAGGGUCUGCGCUUCAUCCCUGGCAAAAGGCGAUCAGGCAGUGCUGAUGACCUACGAGCAUGUAAUGGGCUGACUCAGCAUGGCUACGGCGGCCCAAGUGGUUCUCAGCCCCACCCCCCCAGCCCCACCCUUCCUCUCUUCUCCGGCAUCAACCAAUCAGACGGAACCACACGACGAGGGUGGAGGGACAAAAGCAGGAAGAUGAGGUCCAGAGUCUUGGACUUUUUCUCUAAGUCUUGCUUUUCAGUUUGUUUCAAGUUUUCAGUUUGGAGAAGAAAGUCCACAACAUCCUCAGAGGAAGAUGAGAUGUUCAUCUUGAACAACAGGCGACCCCUGACACCACUGGUCCUGAAUCCCGUCCAUCUCACCUCCUGUUGGGAUGAUGAUGACGAGCAAACAUAUGAGCCAAAAGUAGAAAUGGAUAUGGAACCGCCCCCUCGACUUCCAACACCGGAGGAGAGGAUGAGGCAGCAGGCCGAAGCAGUCGCAGCAGAUAUUGUUCCUAUUAAUGUAACAGGUGAGAGUUUUGAUCGCCAAGCCAGUUUUCGAAGAACACUUUCCAAUGCUGACUCACUAAACCGACGACCCCGGAAAUUGAGCCGACGCAAGACAGUUACUGGGAUACCAGAUAAUGCCCUCCCAAAGUCUCCCUCUAUCUCUGACGUUCUUCCUGGUCAGUUCUCCACUGUGGGUCGACCUGCAUCUGAAUGUACCUCUCCCCAUCAGCAGAGGAACAUGGAGGUGGAGGAAAAGGGAGAUCUAAGAAAAGAGGAGCAGCUGUCAACAAGGAGAAUCCGAGCCCCUAAAGGAGAGGGAAUGUCCAGCCUCAUGGCCUCCCUUACCUCUUCCCCACGUAUUGGUAGCCAUUCCAGCUCCUGCUGCUCACCAUCCUUGGAGAGCCACACCCUCCCCCGUCCGGCAACCAACUCCUCCCUGAACUCCGAGGCCAGCUGUAACAGUGUAUCCUACAGGACUCUCAGCGCCUCCUCAUCUUGCUACCAGUCACAGGAUCUACAUGGAUUCCCCAGCGAUCUUCACCCCCUGCUGCCCUUUGACCCCAAUGCCAGAGUAAUGCCACAGUCUCCUUCUUCCUCCUCUUAUUCCUUUCCCUCCUCACCUAUUAUAUCAUCUGUCCCUGCAACCUCUAGCUGUGCCCUACAAUCAGAGUGGGCUUCCCCCAGUGAUAAGCCCAAUAAUGAGGCCCUUUCUUCCCCCGGCUCUCUUCCCUCUUCCCCUAUCACUGAUUCAGAGACUCAGUUUCAUUACCCAGCACAGGAUGACCUGACAACCACAAAGCAGGACACCCAGUGUUUCUCAGAUGGUUGUCCCUACACUGGAGAGAGGUGGAGCUACAAAACCCUCUCUCCAAGCUCCAGUGUCCACAGUGGAAUUUCCCAGGAAAUGAGAUGUGUUUCUGAUGAAGGUUGGAACUUCGAUCCACUUCUCUCCUCUGGUCGGUCCUCCCCUUCUUGCACUGAUAGCAGCUCCUUGCGUUCAGUGAAGAUGUCCUCUCCCUUGCUAAACCGUGAGAAAAGGAAGUCAAGCACAUCCUCCUGCUACUCUCAUUCUGUCACCCGCAGCAUCUCCCUUCGCAAGUCCAAGCGUCCACCUCCUCCACCAUUGCGUUCUGAUUCAUUGAGGCGACGGCCAGGUCGUAGCAAAUCUUCGCGUUCUUCUUCUAGUCCCAAGGUGGAGCGCAGUCCCCAGCUGGAAUGCACCAUGCAGCACACACCUGCGUCAUCUCCCCAGAACUUUCAGGACCCCUGGGUGCCCCGAAGUAGCACCAAAAGACGCCAAAGUGGGCUUAACUGUGGUACAGUUUCAACCUUUGAGCCUCUAAACCCAGACUGCCAGGCAUCAAUCUCUUCUGACUCUCCUCCUUCCAACCUCGAACCAACUCACCUUAGCCCUGGGUCUCCAGGUUCAGAGGAGGAAGGUCUGACUUUUACUCUCAAUCACCAACCUCCAGCUUCCUCUUCUGUGGCUGGGCUUCAGCGACUUGCUUCGCCCUCCAGUGGGUACUCUAGUCAGUCUAACACUCCAACUCCUGGCACGCCAGUGUCUUCACCCCUCAUCCCAUCCUCCCCUCUCACAACAAGUCCUGGAGCUUUCUCCCUCCCCCCAACCUCACCUUUCUCCUCUUCCUGCUUUACCUCCUUCCCCCUCUCCCCUGUCGCAUCCUCCCUGCCUAGGACAAGGUCUCGAGGUGAAGGCAGACCAAAGCCACCAGUGCCAGAGAGGAAGUCUUCACUUUUCUCAUCCCUUUCGUCCUCAUUUUCUUCAACCUCUUCCCUCUCCUCCUGCACCUCCUCAGACUCCUCUGCCAAACAUAUUAAUCUUCCUGCCCCACCACCUCCUCCUCCUCUACUCGAGUCUUCUUUGCUUUCACUUUCCUGCUCUCCCAUUCAUGAAACUCUUCCUCCUCCCCCUCCUCCUCCACUGCAAUCCUGCUCACCUGCUCCUUGUUCUUUCACUAAACUUUCUCUUGUUCCUCCUCCUCCACCAUCAUCCCUUCCUCUGCCCCCUCCACCGCCUCCUCUCCCACCAUUAUCCCUUGCCAGGCCUUCUCCUCUACCUCCCUUCUCCCGGCCUCCUCCUCCCCCCUAUUCCUACGCUGUCAGGCAGACUUCCCAUCAUGAUCUGGUAUUUACAGUGUCAUCUUCCACCAACUUCCCUCCUCCCCCAACUUCUCCCCCUCCUCCCCCAUGUUCAGAACUCCCAGACAUGCCAAUUGCUGACCUCCCUCCACCGCCACCACCUCCCCCUCUCCCUCCUUUGUCUACUGUCCCCACACCUUUUGCCUCUGUCCUCUCCCGACCAAGCCCGGACGUGUUUCCACACAAAUAUGGCAAAGCACACCCCUGCCCUCUGGUAACUGCUCAAGCUCUGCAGGACGUCAAACUCCGCUCUAUUAAGAACCAGGAAGUCCUGCCAGCCAAUGGUACAUCUACUGAUGCUGGCGCUUUGUUGUCUGUUGGUAACCAUGGUAACCAGGAUCUACCAAUCAAAGAAGCUCAACACGACUUGGCUGACUUGACCAAAGGAAACCUUGUUUGCCUAGCCAACACCAGUGUUAAACUAGCCGAACAAGGAUCAGAAAACGAUAUCUGUUAUGUUGCAAACAAUGAAGAUAAUACAGCUAGUGCAUCCUUGGAUAAUGCUAGCCUUCACAGCCCAGACAAUGCUGAAAUGAAACAACCUGGACAUGAAUCAGGUGAUGAUUUCUUCAAACAAACAAAAACAGAGGUUUUGGCAGAUGAGUCAGAUUUUAACAAUCUUCAAAGCUCACAAAGCAUUAUGCAUAACACUGCUAGCAAAAGACGCCUUGGGCUUCAGCUGAGGAAUGGUGGAACUCCUCAAUGUAGACAGUCCAAUGAACAGAGAAAGAAAGAUUCAGACAUGUAUGCUACACUAGCUAACAAUGAAAUCUCCAGUUCUGAGAGUCCAUGGGUGAAAAUGUCUUAUGAAACUGGCAAUAACCACAUCAGCACAAUAAGUCAACCUAUGUCUUUCCAACAAAACAUUAUAGGAACAGUGCUAACAGACGCUAAGCUCACAGAACUUGCAGAGAUUCAAAGAGAAUGCAGAAAAAUGCUGUUAGAGAGCAAAGAGGAAGUGGAGCAAAAUGACAAGAAAAAAUCACAAAUGCAGUCACUCUGUGCUGCUGAUGGAGAUUUGAAGCAUGUUGAUAUUAAACACUGUAACAGGGACUUGAAGCCAAGUAGCCCAAGAAAGCUCCACUCUCCAGAGAAGCCAGUUCCACCAAAGAAGCCUGAUCUUUGCAUUCUGGGUCUCACGGCAUCCCCCAACGCCACACGAGAACUCGAUGUGUUGAAGAGCAAUGGACAAAGUGCAGCAUUUUCACCAGGGUUCAACAGCCAGUCACAGCUUCCUGCUGAUUCUUUCUGCACACCUUUACACAAACAUGUGACCCAUAGUCCCCCUUCACCAAAGCACUUGGUGUCCACCAGUGAUAACUCAGUGACACCUGUAUACUCAAUUAACACAACAUCUGCCAAUAUCACCAUGCACUCACCUGCCAGCUCCCCUCGACGGACAAAACCACUAAUUUUGCACAAGAAACCAGAUCUCUCACUGACCUCACCCAAAACAACCAAACCACUCUUUCCAUCUAAAACUACAGGAGGGGCUUCCAUGGGGACCUCUGGGACUGGAGGUGCUUCACAGAGUCUGUGCACCACAGCUAGCAGUAGCACCUUGAAAACCAUAGGCACCGGGACCACAAUGGCUCGAAACACUUUGAAUGAAACCUUGGAUACCUUAAAGACCAACUACUCCCUAGGAACCAUGGGAAUGUAUAGAACCUGUGCCUCCUCAAGGAUCAUGGGAAUGGCUACCUGUAGCACAUUAGGGAACUCAAAGGGCCAAGGAACUACCUCCACAUGGACUGAGGGCACCCAAACUGAAGUAACACACCCCAGUUGUGGUGAUAUCAAAACAAAACUUUAUCAAGAUGAUACACCAUUUCAGAGGAGAAUGAUGAGGUCAUCACUAGCUGAAGAUGAAGAGGAAGAUAUUAAGGAAAGUUUGGAAGAGAGAAGGAUUAACAUGGCAAGGAUGAUGAUGAUGUCAUCCACCACAAAGAAAAAAGACAAAGGAAGGAAAAAGAGGAAGAAAAGGCCAGGCAGGCAGCUGCUAAUGAUGUCAGCAAAAAUGGAACCCUCCCCAUCAUCUUCAUCAUCUUCAUCUUCAUCAUCCUCAUCAUCCUCUUCAUCCUCAUCUGGAGAUGAGAGAGAUUUAAGAAAAGACAGGACAGUCCAAAUAAGCCAGAAGAUGAAAGUCAAUAAAGUUUGGGACCAAGACACAAGUGAUUCUGAAAGCUCCUUCACUUUGAUUGGUCAGAGCAGGUACUCUCUCAGCAGCGCACUGUCCACUGACAGCCUGCGGGGGGAACUGUCACUACCAGACCUUCUGAUACAAGAGCCUGGUGAACAACAAGAGGAACCUGGAGCUCUGAGAGGAGGAGAAAAGUCAAAGGAGGCUAGCAGUCCCCAGGAUGCUGAUGUGUUUGGCAGCGUUUCGGCAGAUCAGAUGCUCAUCUCUGGUUGUCCGCGAACCACAGAGGAUCUAUUCACCAUCAUUCACAGUGCUGUAUGGGAAGGGACAGCAUGAAUGCCCUGGUAGUUGGGGUCUGUCUACAGGUCCAAGAGGAAGAUGCUUGGAAGAAGGGAUCUAGAAGAAGACAAACAUCGUGUCUCAAGCUCGUCCUCCUCCUCCCCCUCCCCUCCGGUGACUCCCACUGACCAGCUAAUGCGACCUGCAGCACUCAAGAGUCAAAAGUCAGCAAGAAGUGAGAGCUUUAAGGCUCUCCUGCUGAGGAAGGGCAGUCGAUCUGAUUCUUCAUCUCGAAUCUCAGCAGUUGAGCGACUUCGGAAAGUUGUUUCUCCCACUGCAGCAGCUGACCUUCAUGGAGCGCCACCACCUCACAUAUCAUCAGACCAAGUAAACUCCACAAGGUCCCUCCAAACUGGAGAAACACAUGACAUCAGUGCCCACCUGACUCUUGAUGUUCAGCGACCUCUCAGAUCUCCAUGUGCUCAGAGCUUCUCCAUGAUGUUCGAAUGGAGGCAACAGGAUCUGCCACAUAAUAACCUCUUCUUCUCAUCUUCUUCCUCCUCUCCCUUCUUCUUCCUCUCAUCCUCCUCCAUGCGCCCUCGCUCGCUCACUCCUCCCUGCUCAGCUAGUCGCCGCUUUGCCGCCCGCUGCCGCCUUGUUGCAGCCCCCAUGACUGCAAUCUUUGAAGGGGAAGAUGAGGAGGAAGAUGAAGAGGAUUUCAACGAGUCAUCGGGAGCUGAUGGAGAAUCCAGUCUGACACUGGUUGAGACUGCUUGAUGGACAAGAAAGCUUGCUGAUGUAGCUGGGAGCAGAUGGAUGUUAGACACCACAGAAAAAUUGGAUGUUGUCAUGAAUGUGUGGCAAAGUCUCAGCUGACUCAGUUGAAUCUCACCUGAAGCAUUUAAUUGAAUGCACUAAAGCACACUUCCUAAUUAACUACAUCAGUCACCUUAAAAGGAUGUGUACAAUAUUAAUGGUUUCAAGAAAAGAAGCUUGUUGCGAUGACACAAGAGUUUCACUCCAACAGUUUCUUCGCUUUUCAUUUCGUUUUAAACCACACUAGUUAUAUGUUUUCCAACAUGAGUGACAUUAAGUUUCUUUGAGAUUGAUAAAUUCACGUUCUUCUGUCUUCUGCACUUUAUAUUGGACAAGAAACCCGUGUUUGUUCUACACAUGAGAAUUUUGUUUUCUUCAGAUCACACUUUAAAUAUUCUGAAACAGUCAGUUAAUAAUAAUACUGUUGAGCAGUACAUUUUAAAUUUAUAUCUUUAAGCUCCCCCAAAGUUUUCAGCAACUUCUAGUAUAUACACAACUGUGUUGAAUUGGAUAUCCUCUGCUGGAGGUGGUUCCUCAUGUGGAUCCAGGAAUUGUGUAAUGGACUGACUUUUCACAUCAUAUUCAUAUUCACAAAUCAAACUGAAAUACAUGGGAGAUACAAUCUUGAUGUUCUUAAGAAGAUAUCAACAACUAAUCUAGAUGAAGAUCCAUCUAGACCCACAUCAUGGACGAUGUGGAGAAAAAUAUUCCUGAAUUUUUUAUUUUGCACUCAAGAAAUGUUUUUAUGGUUGCAGUUAAUCAUGAAGUUAAAAACUUAAGCCACAUUCAAACCAAUAAGGUCUAAAGAUCGGGCAAAACAAAAUAAAUUAAGCAUUGUUUUUUUUUUUUCUUAUAUAGAAAAGUAAUAUCACAAUGCUUUCAGCAAAAUAAAUGUUCGAUACUGACCCUUAAAUCAGCCAGUUCUAACUAUUUGCUGGGAUUAUCACCUGAGUAAUUUUAUUGUCCUGCUGGGCUGAUGCGUCUCCAAAUUUAAGCAUCAGUGUAAAUGUUUUAAUGGCUCGUGUUUUAUUUUGAUGUUUGUUUCAGUAUUACCAUUUAAAAGUCUGGUUUUCUACAUUAUGACCAGCUGCAUUCACUGAGACUGUACCUAAUAAGGAAUGGAGAUGGUCCUUUUCUGUAAAUAUUCCUAUAUUCAUUCGUCUCUCUUAUCUAUUUUCUUGUUUGUAUGACUUUUGCAGCUGAAUCUUUGUUUCUAUUUUGUAUAGCAUUUUCAGCCUCCAGCUUAAUGAGUCACACAACACUCGCAUUCAGUUUUCACCCUCAAAUCAGAUUUGUUUUUCUCAUAGGAGGCAUCUAUGGAAGCUUGUUUCCAUAACUGACAAAAACAAAAUAAAAACAAAAUCUCAAAAUUUUGACUUAACUCCAAGUUCCAAAAUUCCAAGUUCAUUUUCUCAGAAGUUUGAGUUAGUCAGUCAAACUUUUAAUCUUGAGAUGAUAACCUUAAAUUUCGACUUAUGGAUUGAAAAAAUCCUUUGGGUUUUUUUUUCAGCGAUGGAUGCAAACUUCCAUGGGCAGCAGCUAAUACGACUACAAACUAUCAGAAUGAGGAUGUAACUUUUUAGGGUGGAGACUUUGUAUUUAGAAACAUAAUCUUAUCUUCUCUCUGUGUGAACAUAAGAGGUUGAGAUUUACUAUAUUAACCAUAAAAUGAAUGAAUUUACUUGGGAAACUGAAAUAAAUGAGGAAAGCACUGUGAGAAAAGAAGUCAUAGGUUAAAGUGAUGAUCGGGAUGAAAUGGAGAACUGAAUGUGUAGAAAAGCAGCAAAAAGGUGGAAAUGAAAGAAAUGGAAAUGUAUGUAAAAAGGUGAAUGUAGAAAUGGAAGCAAUAAAGGACAAAUUGAUUUCUGAA